GCUUACACCUUACACGUGUUUACACUCCGUUUCCUUAUUUCUAUGUCCAUGGUUGUUCAAUGUUUUAAAUUUUAAAACACGCGAACGAAAGAUAGGUUAUUUCCAUUGGUUUUAAUAGUGUUCACAAUUUUUAAGAUGUAUAGCAAUACACUUCGGACUUGUAUGUCUUUUACUAAAAAACUUAGUUUUAGUGCUCUUAUUCGCCCAGUACAAGAUAAAGCUGUUAAUUCAUUAUUUACAAGUUCUAAACAAAUACAUUAUAUUAACUACAGUGUAUUAAUAACACGAAGGUGUAGUACACAACCUGAAUGUCAAAAUAAAUCUUAUGUGGUGAAUAGUAAGUAUGAUUUGGAAGACGCAAAGAAAUUAGAAGAACUUCUUGAAGAUCCUAAAACACUUAUAUUGUAUGAGAAACUUAAACUAGAAGUAGAACAUAUACGGCACACGGAUGGCUACGUACCAGAGAAAUUAAAGCACCGUGACUGGAUACUAUUACUUUCAAUAACCAGUAAAGGACAACGGAGGGGAUAUCUUGAGUACCGUUGGAAAAUUCAGAGAAAGGUUGAAAACAGAUUGGUUAAAAAGCUACAAAAACAAAAAGAGCGAGAAAAAUUAUUCGAAAUACAAUCAAAGAUGGAAUCAGAUCAUAUUGUGUAUGGACUAAAUCAUAAUUCAAUGUUCAUACGUAUAUCUGAUAGCAAAAUGAAUCAUUUUUAUAAUAGCAAAUUAAUACCAGCUAUGAUGUUCGAGCCAACAGUGGUGUUUGAUGUUGGAUAUGACAAAUUUAUGUCACCACACGAAGCAAUGAACUGUGCAAAACAAUUAAUACUUUCAUAUUCAGCAAAUAGAAUACACAUUGAUCCUUUUAAUUUGUACUUCUGUAACUGUGAUAAGUCUGGCAUUUUGAUGAAACAUUUUCACAAAACAGUACCAACUCUGCAUGACCUUGAUUUUCCAAUUAAUAUGACUGAACAGUCAUAUUUGAAUGUAUUUGACAAAAAUAAAUUAAUAUAUCUGACAGCAAAUGCCAAGAAGGUCCUGCAUAAAUUUGAUCCUAAUAUGGUGUAUAUAAUUGGUGCAAUGGUAGAUAAGUAUGACCCUCAACCAUUAUCGUUUGCGAAAGCUAAGAAAGAAGGUCUCCCAAUGGCUAGACUUCCUUUGGCUGAACAUUUAGAGUGGGGAACUGGAUCUGGAAAGAAUCUUCCUAUCAAUCAAGUUCUUCAAAUAUUAUUGGAUUUGCGUCAUACAAACGAUUGGGCUGUAGCGUUAGAACAUAUCCCGAAGAGAAAGUUAAAACAAGCCAGAAUAGAUGCACAAGAAAGAUUGGAAAAAAAAAGAGCAGAAAUAAUACAGCUGUUACAAAAUCAAUAA